AUGGUUGUAAAAUUAUUACAUCAUGAACAUGGUAAAGGUGGUGUCCGUUUACUGAAAGUCACACGGACACCAGAGAAACAUUUUAUCAUGCAAUUGGAAGCACAAGUGUUACUAGAAGGUGAACCUGCUGCGAGUGCUUAUUACAAUGGUGAUAAUGGUCAUGUCUUACCGACGGAUUCAAUCAAGAAUACAGUGUGGGUAUUGGCUAAGAAACAUGAAUUUACUUCACUUGAGAACUUUGGAAUUAUUCUAGCAAACCAUUUUGUUACGAAACAUGCGGAUCUUAUUAGCGUGGCAAAGGUGAAACUAUUUGAAACGCCCUGGGAACGUCUUGUGGUACCAGAUGUCAAAGGUAAAAUGCGACCACAUCACCAUGCUUUCGUGAGUGCCAAUGUUGGCUUUUCCACCGCCUAUGUCGAGGCUCGCAAGUCAACAACGCUUGGUGCUCCAGAGGUAAUAGUCCAAGGUGGUGUUGACGGCCUCAAGGUGCUCAAGACCACGCAGAGCUCAUUCGUUGGUUUCUUCCGCGAUGAGUAUACGACACUGCUGGACGCACCCGACCGCCUUGUAAGCACAUGCGUUACGGCCGUGUGGACCUACAUGUCCGACGCUGUCUGUGAAGAUUUUAGCGCCAGAACUGCGGAGAUCAAGAAAGUAAUGCUGAAGACAUUUGCAGGCCCGUCAGAUGUGGGUGUGCCUAGUCCUGCUGUUCAGUAUUCGCUGUACAAGAUGGGCGAAGCCGUGCUGGAGAGAUGCCCGUAUGUAAAGGACAUCAAGAUCACAAUGCCCAAUAUCCACAACAACCCCAUUGACCUCUCUCGCUUCGGCUGCAAGAACAUUCACCCGCACGGCGAGGUGUUUUUGCCCACGGAUGAUCCACAUGGCAUCAUAUCAUCCACGAUAGUACGCUCUGUGUCUAAGCUGUAA